CACGCACGUGACGUGGCUGGCAGCAACUCCCUCCACCAUCUCCUUCCCCUGCAGCACCUGUCGCGUCUCCCUCCCCGACCGAGCGAUCCAGCGAGAGGGAGCGAGAAGCAGCAGCAGCCGCCGGAGGAGCUCGCCGAGGCCGCCGCCGAAGACGACCAUGGGGUUCUGGGUUACCACGCUCAUCUUCCUCCUCGCCGGCGUCGCCGCAUCCCUCUUCACGCUCCUCUGCUGCAACCGCGGGCCCUCCACAAACCUAUUCCAUUUGACCUUGGUGACUACAGCUGUAAUUUGUUGUUGGAUGAUGUAUGCAAUCGUUUACCUUGCUCAGAUGAAGCCAUUGAUCAACCCCAUCCUGAGCGGAGAGUGAGCUCUGUCUCUUCAUUAAACAGAAUGAAAGCUAGACCUGCUGUACCAUUAUUCAGUCUGUGAACUUUCUAUUCAUUUUGGCGCACCUGAUGAAAUAAAUAAACUGCCAUGAGUUUUUUUGCUACUCUGCACUCCAGACAUUGAGGAGGCUCGCUGUGAUUAGUGUAUGCAAUUGUAUGAUAUACGCAAUAAUAAAUAUCUAUGUGUCGCUCCUGUGCUUUUAUUGGAAUGUUUUUUGUCA